AGUAACCAAACCUUGUAUAAAAGUCCAAUCACCCGGUCCCUGUCCAUGUCCCACCUGUGUUUGAACCUUGAGCUGCCAAUGCGAUGACGUCCGACCCCCGCCCAAAACAAGAUGGGAAGAAAGGGUCAAUAUAUCGCGCAAACUUAUCGCCCGCUCAAGUCAUUGCGGAGGCGUGGCGACGCGAAUCUCCAGAAAGCCAAGAUUUUUGGCGGCAAGCAGAGGCAAAACGCAAAGAACUCUACGCAGUACCCAUAUCACCUAAACCACGGGGGAAAAUGUAGGGUCCGUAUCUUGAUGACAUGACCAGUUAUUCGCAUUCCAUGUACAUACUUAUAUUCAUUAUUUUGGACGAUAUCAACAAUUGUACGAUUAGUUGCAUUACAGA